AUGAGCAGCAAACCCACCUCCCUCAGAAAAUCCUUUCAGCCAGCGGUCUUUUUCCGCCGAUCCACAGACCAACGGCGACCGUCCGGGUUGGAACAGCGCCGCGCCCCACCGGAAACACGAGAAUCGCCGCACGCCAUUGUGUCUUUCUUCUCCGGCAAACUCGCGUGCAGCUGCAGAUCCCAGCUUCCAAUCGCCAAUCUCAGCCUUUCCCCGCGCGACUCCAUUUUCGAACAGCAACAGCGGCCCGCCGUGAUGAGCAGCAGCUUCCGUCCGUUCAUCCGACCCCUCGUCAGCCCUCCCCAGGAAGCCACGACGAGAGCGAAUUUCUGUGAGGUCGACUUCAGGCGAGUGAGGGAGAAUCCAUCCGGCGACGGCAAACUUCCGAUAGGCCCGACUGAGAACAAGCAGAUGGCGAUUAGAGCAGAUUCCUGGCAAGCACACCCGAUUUCCGGCGAAUUUCAGUCAGCGACGGCCCGAGCUCUAUCCGCCGGCGUCGCCUGUAAGCAAGCAGCCGCGAAAUUGUCCAUCGAGCAUCCUCUCAUCGCCGGUCUCCACGUCUGCGAGCCGUCCUCGCUGCCAAUCCCAGCCACCGUCGAGACGUUACCAGCCGCCGUCGUGUGCCUUUGUUUUGCGAGCAACUCACCGGUGUCCGAGUAA